AUGGACGUCGGGCCGUUGGCCGCGGGCGCGCUAGCGGCGGCGACGCUCGACCAGGGCGAUCCCUGCCGAGCACGAGCAACCCAAGUCCCCCGUCGCCUCCACAACCGCACAAGAAGAACCAUGGACGCCACCCAAGUUUCUCACUGCCGCGGCUGCAUCUGCCGGCUCCAUGGUGCGCCGCCGCGCGACCUCACCUCUGGUCACUGCUCCGGCGUGGCCAUGUCGUGCGGUGCCUUCUUCGGUGACCAGAGGAUGAAUGCACAGAAGCCCCUCCGCCCCCUGUCUUCUUCCUCCGCCGUCGAUAGGGGCCGGCGCCGCCCAGCUGCGCGACUCGCCGCCCAUCAGGAAGUGCUCCGCCGCCGUCGCCACCUACCUGCUCCGCCGCCGCCGUCGCCAAGUACCUGCUCCGCUGCCUCCCCCGCUCAGACCUGCGUCGCCGCGAUCCCCUCCCGCCUCGAUUACCUGCGGGCAUCGUUGGGACCUCCGGCCACGUCCUCCUCGAGCUCGCGGGCGUCCACCUCGAGCUCCCGCGCAUCCUCCUCAAGCUCCAGCGCAUCCUCCUCAAGCUCCAGUGCAUCGUCCUCGAGCUCCCGCGCGUGCGCCGCCGCAAUUCAUCCCGGCCGCAAUCCCCUACGGGCGUUGCCGGAAAUUGCCUCCACGAUCCGGUGGACCAGGAGCUCGCGCGCGUCCUCCUUCUCCCCUGCCCGCGCGCCCUCCUCAAUCUUCCGCGCGAGCCCGUGUGCGGCUGCUUCUCCCCUGCCCGCGCGCCCGUGCGGCUGCUUCUCCCCUACCGCCGGUGCUGCUGCUGCUCGUCUGCCCGUGCUGCCGCCAGAGCUCCUGCUCGUCAAGAGGAAGAAGGUACCGUAA